UUGGGCUUUCAGGAGUCGCAUUUACAAGAGGCUAUUCUCGCGCAACAAGCGUGCACUUCGGGUAUAAAGGUUGAAAAUCAUGUUAUACCGACUCCUAAAGUUAUUUUAUUGGAAGACGAUUAUUAUAAACAACUUUAUCCUUCCCAACCUUUACUCUUUAAGAACAGGCUCAUAAAAGUUCAAGGGAGUCUUAAUCGAUAUCGGUUUAUAGCAUCCCUUUCUGUAGAAAGGGAGCAGCCGGAAUAUGAUGCGGAUAGUGAGGAUGAACAAUGGUUAGCUGGAAAAGAGAUCCCAAUAAAUGAUUUUGAAAAGAUGAUGGAAUUGUUAGAAAGUGCCAGUAGUGAUUUACAAAUUUGUCAGCCACGUGAAGCCCAGUCAUUAUUAAAGGAAUUUGAUGAUAAUUUGGUUGAUGAUGUUUACGAUUAUUGGUUGCAGAAAAGAAAGGUUGCUGCUGCAAUUCGGAAGACGGCAUCACUAAUAGCUCGAAUUAAAACGGAUAGUCGACGGGACACUCCUGGAACUGUUAAUCCUUACGUAGCGUUUAGAAGGCGGGCUGAAAAGAUGCAGACUAGGAAGAACCGGAAAAAUGAUGAAGAAUCUUACGAGAAGAUUUUGAAACUUGGUUAUGACAUGGGCAAAGCUCUCUCGCUGUUUGAGAUGAUGAAGAAGAGAGAGAAGACAAAGGCCGCCUUGAUCGCUCUGGAUGAGAAAAUAUUUGUAGAAAGGCGGAUGAGUAGUUUGAGUGUUACAACCAACGGGGAUACAAAUGUAAAAACAAAGCCAGAAUUCUAUGUCAGUUUCGAGGACAUUCAAGAUGAAAAUGCUGGGUCAAUUGUGAAAACUAAAAGCCAAAAGCGGAAGAAGCAUGGGUGGAGUGCGACAGUUUCAGCCGUGGAUAAGGAUGUUGUUACUCGAGCCUGGCUCAAGAAAAAUGCAGAAGCUUGGAAUAAGCCUCCUGUUGGUAUCACGUGGCUGACCACUGGUUGCUCGACGUCGGCAGUGACAGCAAGUGAGGCAGAACGUAGCGCAGCCGAUGCUGAAGCUGCAGCAGAUGGUCGAUUUGCCUUCAAACGACGUCGUGGUUGUAUUUAUCGUGCAAGCCUACCGGUACCAACACUGUCGAGUGAUGCACAAAUAAAUGGAUUUGGUUCGUAUUAG